AUGAAGUUUUCGAAUACCACGGGGCUGUUGGCCCUUGGCCUCGCGAGGCACGCUGCCGCUGAUGCACCAGCAGACGGUGGUGUUUAUACUGUGACUGGUGGUGCCAAUGCUUUCCCGGCUGUCCCAACAAGCACAAUCACUACUGAGACCUUGACCAAGGAGGCGACCACAGUUUACCGGUCAACUGUCUAUGUAGCACCUAGCUUCUGUUCAUCCACCGUGGUAAAUGUGGAUAGCCAAGGCCAACCGUGGCCACCUUCAGGAUCAGCACCUGCUGCCGCCACUGGAACUGCUCCAGCAGCGAGUUGGCUGCCAGUUGCCUCAGUUGAUCCUGCGCAGUCUACCGGUGUGCCGCCAGCCUCGCCAGCAGGCACUACCACUACUUUUAAGGUUGAUUGGGUCGAUACAGCAACUGCUUCAGGAUCCAAGACCACUGUCACUGGAGCUGUUGACCCUUCGAUGCCAGAAGACGGCAGCUGGCUUGACUGGGCCAAUGAUGUGACCACGAUUGGUCAGGAUGGAGAUGUGUGGAGAUGGACCGUGGACGUCCCAACUGCCACUUUCACCGGCGCUGCUCCAACAUACAGCGAUGGCGGCGAUGAUGGAUCUGGCGGCGACUCACUUCCAGAGCCGGGCUCUUCCGCAUCUAAUGUCACCAAGCCAUACCUCCCUUUGCCAGAAGGAUCCUGCAAUACCGCGGCCGAUCGAAGCAAGUGGUGCGGUGGUCAGUCGAUCAAGACUGAUAUCACCACUGCUGGCUAUAAGACCGGCAAUACCUGCUCAUAUGACUUCACCAUCACCAAUACUACCAUGGAUUACGAUGGAAGUGGUGCCAAGCUAGCAUUGGCUAUCAACGGCCAGGUCCCCGGGCCUGUGAUCGAAUGCAACUGGGGUGAUAUCCUUCAAGUCACUGUCCAUAACAAGAUGCAAGACAACUCCACAACUAUUCACUGGCACGGGAUUACCCAAAAGGGAACCAACGACCAAGAUGGUGUGCCCGGUAUUACUGAGUGUGCCAUUGCACCUGGUAGCUCCCGUACCUAUACCAUGUUCCUCGAGCAGCACGGUACUGGUUGGUAUCACUCUCACGCCAUUGCCCAAUACGGAGAUGGUAUCCGGGGCCCCAUGAUCAUUCAUGGACCUGCUACUGCCAACUAUGACUAUGACAUGGGUACUGUCAUGAUUGAUGAUACCUUCCCAGUCACCGCCCAGCAACAAAACGACCGUAUUGCACACUUCGGACCUUCUGGAACCGUCAACUACUUGCUUAACGGCCACAACACUCUGCCUGACGGAUCUGCUGGCCAACACACGUUGUGGUCUGUCAAGCCUGGCAAGAAACAUCUCUUCCGCAUCAUCAACUCUGCCUCUCAAAACAUGUACUCGGUUCACUUCGAUAACCACAAGAUGACUGUCAUCUCUGCCGACUACGUUGCCAUCAACCCAUACACUACCGAAUGGCUCAACGUUGGAAUUGGUCAACGAUAUACCGUCAUCGUGGAAAUGGACCAAGCAGUUGGUGGAUACUUCUUGCGUGCCGUUACACAGACCGGAUGCCCCAGUGGAUGCCAGAACACCGGCUUGGGCAAUGCCAACGGUAUCUUCCUUUACGAGGGUGCCCAACCAUAUUUGCCUACCUCAACUGCCGGUGGCAAGACUGUUGCCGACUUCAACUUCUGCUUGGACGAGCCCCUUGCAUCAUUGGUACCAUAUGUUGCCAAGGGCGCUGGCGCGGUCGAGCAAUUCUCUGCCACAGCUUCUACACUCCCUGCUGGAAACGUCGCUCAAGUCGCGACUAGCGAUGACGGAAGCGUUUUCCGCUGGUUCUUGAACAAUGGCGCCAUCAACGUCAACUAUACUCAACCAACUCUGCAGACACUCGCUCAGGGUGGCAACAACUCUUUGAUCUCCAACCCCAUUGUCCUCAACAACGCUGGCUCAUGGUAUUACUUCAUCAUCCAGAACCAGUUCUUCGCCUCUCACCCCAUGCAUGUUCACGGUCACGACAUGAGCGUUCUGGGUCAAGGCACUGUCAGCUGGACUCCUUCUUUGACCAACACCUUGAACUUCGCCAACCCUAUGCGUCGUGACACGGCCAUGUUGACCGGCUCUGCUGGCCCAGGUGCUCCUCCCGGAUACACGGUCAUCGGUUUCGAGACCGACAACCCAGGUGCCUGGUUGAUGCAUUGCCACAUUGUCUGGCACGUUGAUGGUGGUCUUGCCCUCCAAUGGAUUGAAAGACCCAAGGAUAUCCCAGCUUAUGCGAACGGCCAAGACUUCAAGAACGAGUGCACUUCCCUCAACACCUGGCAAAAUGCCGGCCCUGACCGUAUCCACACUUCUGGUGAAUCCGGCUUGAAGCGUCGCUCCUUUGAGGACGUUGUUCGCCGCAAUGUUGGCGAUGGCUUCAAGCACAGGCAUCUCCGCAAGUAA